AACCAGAGGCAGAAUCCACUUCCCCUCCCCUCUCAACUUUUCACCCCGCUUAUAGCCAGUUUCUUUUUUCUUUCCUUUUUUCUCUUUCUUUUUCUUCAAACCUUUAGGAAUCUUGCAUGAGCUCUCGCUAUCAUCUUAUUUCUUACCAAAGCACGCAACGACUUGAAAUGCCGAACUUCCAAGUCCAACCCUGCACCGAGGAGGAUAUCCCUCGCGUCUUCGAGAUCCUCUCUGACACUUUCGCCCACGACCACGAGUAUGUCGAUGCCGUAUUCCACAAGCACGACACCCCCGAAGGGCGCAAGAACGGGGCCGAGCAGUUGCUCAACACCUACCGCCAGGACCCCUACGGCCAUUUCAUCAAGGUCGUCGACACGGACACGGGCAAGACGGUCGGCGCGGCCAAGUGGAACAUCUACAAGGCGGGCGAAGUGCCCCCGCAGCCUGUGUUGAGUGGUCCGUACUGGCCCAACGACGAAGAGGAGGAGUUUGCGAAGGCUAUCUGCCAGGCCUUCUUCGCGCCGAGACAGAAGAUCCUCAAGGAGAACGACGGUCGGCUAGUAGCGCUCGAAAUGCUCAUGGUCGACCCGGCGUACCAUGGCCAGGGUGCAGGAAGACUCCUGGUGAGAUGGGGCACGGCGCACGCAGAUAGAUUGGGCGUGGAGGCCUUUGUCGAGGCCUCUGAGCGAGGUCGGAGGCUCUAUCAGUCGGAAGGGUUUGAGGGGCCGUACUACGAGGUCCCCGUACCCGAGAAGUUUGCCGAUCGCCGCAAACAGGUGUACUACAUGAUGAGGCGCCCAGCAAAGGCUGUGGGCCCGGAAUCUGCUCCUGUUGGUGAGUCGGCGUAAUGGGAUCGAAUUCCCUGUUCGUAUAGUAUGUUAGACCUUGAGGAUACAUACCGUACCUUCGGCAAUGAAGAGCAUUGAAUAGAUUGUUACUGAAAAUAGACGGUUAUUGAAACGGUCCUGUACGUAAGGCGAGGUAGUCCUUCCCCAUCAUCCUCCCGGUUCCUCGCAUCUUCUUAGUGCUAGUACCGUACAUAGGUGGUAAUACCGUAGUAUUCUGGGACCCGAG